CUCCAAUGCAGGAUAACUGAGGGAAUCCAGGAGUAGAUACUUGUAAAGGAAAAGCUGCAGCACCAUUUUAUAAGUGAAGCCAUUUGAAUUGACGACCACAUUGCUAUUAUUUGGUUGAAACUAUAUCUCCUAUACCUAAACUUGAAUUGUGACAGCAGAGGUCACAGAAUGAGUGGACAGCGCGUUGAUGUGAAGGUGGUAAUGCUGGGGAAAGAGUUUGUGGGAAAGACUAGCCUGGUGGAGAGAUAUGUGCAUAAUCGAUUCCUCAAUGGUCCAUAUCAGAAUACAAUCGGAGCUGCCUUUGUGGCCAAGCUCAUCCAUGUUGGUGAAAAGGCCAUCACACUUGGAAUUUGGGACACUGCAGGGUCUGAACGGUAUGAAUCCAUGAGCAGGAUCUACUAUCGUGGAGCCCGAGCGGCUGUUGUUUGCUUUGAUCUGACUGACAGUAGCAGCUAUGCAAGGGCUAGAUUCUGGGUGAAUGAAGUCCGCAACUGUGAAGAGCACUGUAAAAUUUAUUUGUGUGGAACCAAAAGUGAUCUUGUCCAGAAUGACCGCAGCGCACGGGGAGUUGAUUACCAUGAUGUUCAAGAUUACACAGACGAGAUCAAAGCCAAGCUGUUUGAAACCUCCAGUAAAACUGGCCAGAAUGUUGAUGAACUGUUUCAAAUAGUAGCAGAAGAUUAUGUGAAUGUAACAGCCUUCCAGGUGAUGACAGAAGAUGAAGCAGCUGUGAACCUGGCUGAGAAGAAGAAAUCCACCUACUUAUUUAGUUGUUGUCACCAAUAGCAUCUGAUUUGCAACAACCCAUUUGCCAAUGUUUUGAGGGGGAAUUCUACAUGGAUUCACUGGACUGAGACUCCUUAUUUAUAAAACUAUUCCAAUAUCAUGGUCUGAGAUUUGAGGCUGGAUCCAUUGUAAUGUGACUAGUGGGAAUUGCGGUGUCCAAUUAAUAGUCUGACUCUUGAACUGAAGUGACCUUUCUUGGAGUACCAUGAUCAGCACAUCUCUGAACUUGGUGCGGAGGUUGUCUCUGGGCAGUCCUCUUUGGCUUUUUAUAUUUUUGAACUUUACCAAGAUUUUGUGCACAAUCAACCAUUUUUGCCUCUUCUGGUUGUGAUUUAAUGGUUCGUGUUGCCUAUUGAAAGAGGUGGCAGAUCUCAGGAGUGUUCGCUGCACCAAGCAAAGUGACUUACAUCUUUUCUGCUACAUCCACGGCACCCAGGAUUCUGCUUUCCACAUUGUGACUGUAGCUUUUGUGCAGAAUUUUUAAUGUGUGCAUUACAUUUGGAAGUUUCUUUUAGCACUGCAGCUCAGCUGUUUCACAUUGAACACUAUUGUUCCAGAAUAACCCAAUUAGUAUGGGAAUUUGACUGCUCUGGUAACAGUCUUGGAAGGACGGCCUCUGAGCAGUUGUUUUCUGUUUUUAUUCAUGUUUUCUUCUAGUGAACGUUUCCAAAAAUUCUCGAAUAGAACUGUAUUUCAGAUUGGACUGCACUGCCUGGAUUCGAAUCUUGCUAGAAAUGAUUAUACACUUGCUGUUUCAGUGGUAUAGUGCUGAUCAAACUCACCAGACACGGUAGAUGGUCAAUGCUGCCUGUUUCAUAGUGAGGGAAGGGGAAGUUACAAACUAGAGAAAUAUGGCAGACAGGAAAUAAGUAUAUUUGACAUGGAGUGUGCAGAUUGCAGUAAAGUUUUUAUGCCAGACACGCAAGGCUUCGUAUACUAUGGAUGGUCUUUAUAUCUCAUCCCAGUACCAUUGGCCAUGCAAGUAUUGGCAGUAAAGAGUAAAACUUUUUUGGUUGGUUAACAUUAAUGACUUCCAAUUGUGAUUGCUAGUGCAGGAUGCAUUACUGUAGACACAGAUUGCACCAUUAACUUCAUCUGAUGAGAUUUAACAUGAGAAAUUAAUCCAAGAAAGCUUGUGGCUUUGCUACUGUAAUCCUUCCAGCACCAAGAAUUGUCAUUUACAUUUCUAUAUUUUUUAUUUUCUCCUUUCUCUUUUUAAUGUUUCACUCAUUCUUCAGUGACAAGGAAAAACAUGCUGUGUUCUGUCUGGUGGAAGGUGCAUGAUCUCAUGUCCAGACAUUUCCCAGUCCCCUCUGGUUUAAACAUAUCUGCUUUAAAAGCUAGCUAUCUGAAAUGUGACACAACUACAGACCUUAAUCUGAAAGUUUUGUUAGUAACAAGUUGUAAUGUGAGUUUGGCUCAGUGUGGUGUACAGUUUCAUGUUGGGGAAUGGAAUAUAUUGAGUUUUUAAAAAAUCAUGUCCACAUUUGCAUUAAUUUGAGUAGGGACUUUUUAAAUUUGGACUCGAGCAAUGUGUGAAAAUAUUUGCAGGUUUAUUUGAACACAGAUGGUACAUCACUGUAAAUUAGCCUGUUGUUAUUUAUGUCACUGAGGUGAGAUUCAGAUUCUGUGACUAAAUCUCCCAUUAGAAUGGUUUGUGACAUUAAAUAGGAGUCUCCACUUCGUUCUUUUAAAUAACUUUAAGUUCCUCAAAUUAUUGAUGUAUUUAAAGGUAUACAUUCAGAGCACUUCAGUUCUUCUAAUGUGUGGAAAUGUCAAAGAUACAAAACAUUAUUUCACAAAGAGCAGGAAUGUUGGUGUGCUGGUGUGAUUUGCUGAAUUAAUUCACAGGGCAGAACACCGUGUCAGUGGCAUUUAUUUUAUCCAUAGUUAAGUUCUAUUGCACUGUAUUGGAAAUACUUCCAGGUUUUUAAAAAUAAAACUUGCAACGCAGGAAUAUUUCCCGAAUUGUUACAAAAUGCCUGCUGUAUUUGCUAGAUUGGCAGGUGGAGAUACUUGCAAGACAGUAAAAUAUUGCUUCACUUUGGGUACAUUUGAUGAAAAGGAAAGCUUCUAUGAUUGAGUUGCUUUAGAAUGUAAGGCAGCAGCUUGAGAUAAUUCAGGAGAUCAUUCCUAUACUUUAAUAUUUUGGUGAUUUAUGGCCUAUACUUUGACUCCCCCCUCAAGCAUGCAAUUGACAGCUACUAUCCCAGCACAGGUGGUAUGAGGCACUGUUUUUCUGAUCAAAGACUUAUUUAUUUUGCAUGUACAGAUGAUUUUAUUACAUGCUGGAAAUCCAACACUUGGUGCUGUGGAGUCGGUGUAUCUUGUAAGGCACUGGUCCUCUGUAAAUAUAGCUGGUUAACUAUUAUAUCAGUUGUAGACACUAGCAUCUCUAUUCGUUAUUUGGAUCUUGUGUUGAAACGUUUGUUAUAAAGUCAAUCUUUUAAAUGUAAAAAUAUUAAAUGCACAAAGCUUUAACAUCA